CAAACCAAACGCGCGAGCUCUUGUUUCUUCCAACACGAAGGUUGUUUAUGUGAGGAUUAGAUAUGUUCAGCUGUUCCAAGUAUUCAUGUUUUCGUCUCUAAACAAAAAACUCAAAUUCACAAUGAAUACGUGUUGCUUUCAAAGGAAUUUCUCAGUUGCUUUGCCGCCUUUACUUCCUGUUCAACUACCAUCUCAAAGGGAAACCCACUUUUGGUAUAUUGUACCUGAGGAGGUGAAGAGUACAUCUCUUUUAAAUCAGUAUUUAGAAAUUCUCUCACCAAGAGAGAAGGAAAAUGUUUAUCGAAUGCGUGGAGACCAGCACAAGAAAAGUGCCCUGCUAGCUCGUGCCUUAGUUCGCACUACUAUUGCCAGAUAUCAGACACAUUGUCAAGUAAGUCCAAGAAAUUUGAAGUUCCGGAAGAACAUCUAUGGGAAGCCUGAGGUAGACUGGUGCCCACUGCCAUUGCAUUUUAAUAUCUCGCACACUUCUUCUCUAGUAGCCUGUGGAGUGACUCUGGAUGUACCAAUUGGUAUUGAUGUAGAAGAGAAGCAACGAAGGGCUAAUAGCAAUAUUUCAGCUUUUGCAAAACGGUACUUUUCGCCUGAGGAAGUGAAACUUUUAACUGCAAUAUCAGACCCUGAAAUUCAGCGUCAGGAGUUUAUCAAGUUAUGGACUCUCAAGGAGGCUUAUGUGAAAGCACUGGGAAGGGGUUUCUCAGCUGCACCCUUCAAGACCUUUACCCUUGGGUCUAGGAUUGCAAUUAUAGGAGGGUCUCAUCUUUCAGAGACUUUAGAUUCUGAGGCAUCUGAAAUUGUCGUUGAAUCUUCUGAUGACCCUGAGAAUCUCACAAGCAAUUGGCAAUUCGCGCUCUUGGACUUGGCCGGUUCUCAUUAUGCUGCCAUUUGUGUGGAAAAGGAUAAAUCCACUGAAGUUAAGGCGAGUGUCCCAAUGAAAUUAAGGGUGUGGAAAACUAUCCCUUUUGUUGAAGAUGAACGCGUUUCUGGAACCGGUGCAGUUGUAGCCAUCAGGGGCUUGAUCAACCACCUAUGAAUAUCUGUACAAGACUCCAGAUUUUCCGUUUGUAUCAGAGUAUUCAGCAAUUGUUGGAAGCAAAAUUUGCAGUAAACAUUUGUAAUUCAUUUUAUAGUGGUCUAGAGAUUGGCAUCCGGCCGUCGCACUAGGAAUUUCAGUUAUUUUAGGGAACAAACAAUCACUGCAUAAAUUACAAAUUGAAAUCAAAAUAAGCUAUGACGAAAAGUUUAAAAUAAACAGAAUAGUUA